AUGGAACAGUUAGGAGCACCUAGUUGCGACAAGUGCCAUCGCCACCAUUUUGGAGAAUGCGUCCAGUGUUUUAGUUGUGGAAGGAUGGGACAUGUUUCCAAGUAUUGUCGGAGCAGACCAGCUGAUGGUCAGGGUACUGGGCAGAUUGCAGCUCCAGCAGCAGGACCUGGUAGUUGCUUUAAUUGUGGUCAGACGGGUCAUUAUUUCAGAGAGUGUCCAGCAAGGGGACAUACUACACUUCCACCGCCGGCUAAGCGUCCGGCCAUCGCCCCAUGA